GAGCUCACGGAGCCGGCUGCUUCCGGCCGGGCCGUUGGGGGCCUGGGCUAGGGCUUCCGGCGGUUACCAGGCUGCGGUCGUGCGGCCUGUGCUGUUGGCCGCUGUGAGUGCCGCGGCACUCCUGGGCUUCGGUUCGGUGUCAGUUAACGGUGAACCCUUCGGGGCAGGUUUCUGCCUGGGCGGCCCACCGCGCUUGUUCACCUUGAGACUGGGCCGCAGACCUGCCGCCUCAGGGGGGGCAGGCAGGGCGUUGCUACCAUGUUUUCCUUGAAAUUUGUGCUCUGGAAAGUGUAAAAGAUGCUCCAGGAUUUCUGCGGUCCCGGCUGUCCUAGAUGUUCGUCUCCUGGGGUCCAGUCUGCAGUCGCAGACCGUCCUUCACGAAAUGUCUAACACAGCUAAGUUGAAAGGACCUUAGAGAUAAACAUUCUGAUAAUGUGUAGACCAAGUCCCCAGACUUAGUAAAAGCCCCUUAGUCAUUGCUCAAGAGGAGUGACAAGAGAAAGUCAUCUCUUUGACCAAAGUAAGGCAGAAGAAAGUAAUGCCAAUUUCUAUUUGAGCAUGAAUCUUGAUGACUCUGUAGAAGAACCUGAAAAGAAGGAAUGUUCUCCUGUCUGUGUUGGCAAAGAAGAUAACAUUAAAAAAUCUGGAAGAAUGACAGCUGUUGUCCAUGAUAGAGAAGUGGUCAUUUUCUACCACAAAGGAGAAUAUCAUGCUAUGGAUAUUCGCUGUUACCACUCAGGAGGACCUUUACACUUGGGAGAAAUAGAGGAUUUUGAUGGACGACCAUGUAUUGUUUGCCCCUGGCAUAAAUACAAAAUUACUUUGGCAACAGGAGAAGGACUAUACCAGUCUAUAAAUCCUAAAGAUCCAUCAGCAAAACCCAAGUGGUCCUCCAAAGGAAUAAAGCAAAGGAUUCAUACAGUGACAGUGGAUGAUGGGAAUGUUUAUGUGACUCUUUCUAAUGAACCUUAUAAGUGUGAUUCUGAUUUUUAUGCCACUGGAGAUUUCAAAGUAAUUAAGAGUCCUUUCUGAUAAAAAAUAUAUAGCAGUGAAAAAUG